AUGUCUCUCCUUCACAACGAAGAGAACCGCCAGACUUACCGUGGAACUAGCUUCACUAUCUGGCAGUUGCGCUCGACCUAUCUCUCUACUAUCAAGGAUGGUAUUGGAGACCGCUUGAUCAAUGUCAACAAUUCAGUUCUCAACACACCGGGUUUCCGCGCCGCGGGCUGGUCCACGGCGUCAUCAACAACCCACCAUGUGAAACGCACCCAUUCCCCCCCGAUCCCGACCACCGCGGCCGUCUCUUCGGAAUACUAUCGGCUAGCGGUGCGCGAUGCCAAUGCCGCGCGAAAUGAGCUUCAGGGUCUUGGCCUGGAGGACGGGGACGAUGAGGAAGGAGGCUUGGUGACCGGGAAGAACAACGUGGACGUCAUUGCGCGCCGUCAUCAUGGGCGAACUGGGAAGAAAAAGAGCAGACGUGAGAGACAAGAAGAAACGCUGCGUUCGGCCGAGAUGGAUGGAGAAGACAGCAGCGAUCUCAGUGAUGAAAGCGACGAAGAUGUUUCGAGCGCGGUGGACCAAAUCAAAUUCUCCAGAAUGCCUGUACGCCGGGACCGUGCCGGGUCUUCGCCAAUUCGCUCGGUUGAACAACGUGAGCGACCCGAGGUCAUGAUCACGUCGCCCUCAACUCAGAGCGUGAAUGGUCAUUAUCGGACUGGGUCUUUAGGCACUACAAUCUCACACAGAGAGCGAAGACCACGACGCGAUACCACCACAAGCAGUGACCUGUCUACGGACAACGAAGUCGAAGCUCAAGGUUUCAAACCUCCCCAGGUACAAUUCUCCAAUUCUGAUCAACUGAUGGAUCGCCCGCGGAGGCGGCGGGAACGUACGGGCAGUCGAGGAGCCGAUAGCAUCAUGCUUGAAGACCUGCACGAGCAAGACGAAGACUCGGGCGCUGAGUCGGUGGGUUCCGCCAUGUCAUCAGAUUUCGACGCUACUGCAGGUUCCGGUUCACUUCUGUUGACCGGAGUUGGUAUGACGGGCCCUCUGGACUCGUCAUCCCCCAUGGCUCUGAUGCACAAGCUCCCUAGUGGGACAGGGCCGAGUGCGAGCGCUUCGCCGCGCAAAUCCAGCAAGACUCCAGCCCCGAGUUUGCAAGACCUGCCCCCCGCACGACCAAUCAGCACAGUUCAACCAGUCAGUCUGUUGACCACACAGCUCAAGUCUCGCAAGCGAGCACCAAGCAAUCCCGUGGAGAAAUUCCAGGUUCUCUCGGGUAAAGGAUUGGAUGAUCCUCUGUAUUUGAAGAUCUACUUGCCGUUUUCAUCGGAUCCUGACGAGCCAAUGGACCUGCCUGUCAGCCGCGAAUCGAAGCUCAGUCUACACCCGGCACCGAUCACCGUGGCAGAGACGAUUGGAUUGGCUCUGUGGAAGUACUCCGAAGACUCGCGUGAACCUGCCAUCACCCGCACAAAGUUGACUGUGAACCGGUGGGCCCUUCGCAUGGUCGACGAUGGCGAGGUGGAGUAUGAUUUUCCCGCGUUGGGGCGCAAUCUUCCCGUGACAGACUUUACCUCCAACAACAAUCAAGCGGCCAAGGCGCGAGGGCGAAAUCGCGGCAAACCCUACGAUGAGUUCGCUCUGGUCGAGGCGAGCAACGCGGAAUUUGAGGAGAACGAACGGUUGUUCCCUCACUAUAGCCAAGCUAUCGAUGCCGAAGAUGCCGAAGAUCCCACGAGUGUGCCACCUGCCGGAAAUCCCUCAGGCCCGACCGUUGCGAUGAAGAAGAUGAUGGGUCGUAUCAACCCGAUCUUAGGCCAGCCGUUUUCGUCCGCGCUCAAUGAUAGCUCGCUGACCCCGGCAGAUCGACCUGCCGUACCAAUCUCGCAUGCGACACCUCGGCUUGGUGUCUCCAAGACGCUCAAGAUCCGCUAUGUCAAUCGAGAAGCGUCCGCCCACGUGAUGACCUACAACACGUCCUCGGACAGCUACAUCGCCGAGAUUCUGGAUUCGGUGUGCAAACGCUGGGGGUUGGACAAGGGCAACUAUCUAUUGAAGGUGAUGGGUUCCAACACGAUUGCACCUUUGGAUCGGACGGUGGAGGCCUUGGGAAACAUCACCGAGCUGGACCUCGUUCGUCGCCGAUUCGGGGUGGGCCCCUUGGCCCUCGGCGGCUCGCCAGGAAGCUCGUCGCCGAAUGCCCCUCUGAUGAUCGAUAGCAACAAUGCACCCACUGUCAAAAAGGGCAAGAAGACACCUCUUCCAUCAUCUCUCCAGAAACAAGAUCUCAUCGGGGGAUACUAUCGGCGCUACCACGUUUUCCGCAAACAGUCCAUGUCCUUUACUGCUUCGAACCAUUGCAUUUUGACAUUCGACAAUGACUACAUGCAUAUCAUGUCGGGCGACUCGGGCAAGACAGCCUCAAAUGGCAAGACGCGCUCUAUCAGCUUCAACGAAGUAGUGGGGUCCAAAGUCAGUCAUCGACAUCCAAAGAGUUUUCGAGUGGUGGUCUUGCGGGGCAACGAUGCUACGGAGCAGAAACGCUAUGAUUUUGAGGCGCGGAAUGCGCUGGAAGCCAUUGAAAUCGUGGAUGAGAUUAAGAAGAACAUGCAGCAAUAUCGCACGUAA